CAAUUCGUCUCAUUACGUCAACAUCAGGACAGCCAGGCAGCGACAUCACAGUCUCAACGUGGCGAUUGGCUGGUUCCUACACGCAAUCAUUGGGUGGAGGCAGGAGACACGUUGUGACUUCUUCUGUCGGUGUGCUAUAGUCUGUUGUUGGGUAGCGCACCUUCUGUCACUCAUCGUUGGCGCCUUCCACGCGUCCGUCACCACGAGCAACGGCAGUAUAAAUAGUCAGCAACCCCCGCUCGCCUCUUUCAUCAUCAAAUAUGAGCCACUCGACUCGACCUGCUGCAAGUACUUCAGAUGGACCCUUCUCAAUACGGCGCGCCUGCUGGCUGGCCUCGGGAUAUGGCUUUGGAUGACCUGUAUGACACUACUACCAUGCGCAAGAACUUCAUUGGCGCUGCCUUUGGCGACCACUUGCAACACAAGAAUUCCGCCAGUGGUUCCAUCCCAACUCCCCUUUCUCCUGAUUCGGAAACCAUCCACCGGCCGCAGCAUAGGUACAACGUGCCUAUGCUGCGUUGGACGGACGGGGAGCGACCGCCUACUCCGCCUUUUCACCACCAAAACGAUUUCUCCCAAUAUCAUGGCCAAUGGAAGACCUCACUGUCUAUGCGAAGUCCUCCAGAUUAUUCUCCGCUACCGGAGACCCAGGCAAACUACACGUCCCCGUAUGGCACAUACACACCAGCACAUGAUCGACUCACAGGACGACCUGAUUUCCAAAGUGCCUCAUCACGCCAGUAUACUAUCCAACCUCCCCGCCUACACCCAUCCGCGAACUUGUUACACUCGUCACCCCAACAGCAGAUCACUUACCCGGAGCCGACUCUUAAAGCGCCCUCCACCCAGCAGUGGCCAACUCACAACCUGGCAUCCCACGAUUCAAAGGUCGAUGCAGCAACAAGGAAGAAGCAGGACGAAUACAGGCGAAAGGGCGAAGCAGCGAGGAGGAAGACGAUAUCAUCCCAAAAUUCAGCGCCGCAGUAUGCUCCAAUUCCUGAACCUGCAUCAACCCCCCGUCGUAAACGCAAAGUCGGGAUCCUCGAUGAUCUAGUCACACCUACCCCAGCUCCGCAUCAUCGCUCUCUGCAUCCGUCGUACGGUCAACAGCAGCAGAGUGACACUUCCGGCGAUGCAAUAAAUUAUCACUCGACCCCCCAAGAGCCGCUGUCCUACAACAUGGACUGGAUCGGUCAGGAGCAGUAUCACACAUCAAUCCCACCAUCCCAUCACCCGCAUUCUGCGGGCGUAUUUGAUGCACAACUCCCUCUGUAUCCGUCUCAGCAUCCACCACAUACACCCACGCCACUUCCACCGUCAUCCCUCAACAUUAUCGACCUUGAGACUAUACCUCAACACAUCACUCGUAACUACGAUGAGUACAGAUGGCCAGUCAAGCUCUACCAACUACAAGCCGAAAAAGACUUUGAUUUUGCUGAGUGCUUCUUGGAAAACCACUUCCAGCAAAACAUCUACGAUUCGAAUGAGCAUAAGUGGCACGCUCAUACGACUAAGGGUUUCAUCAAGGAUGGUAAUAGACUGUCUAUUCUGGUCCUACAUAAUGCAGCAAAUCCGUUCGAGUGGGGCAUAUCACCUGUAUCGACUACCAGUAUUGGUGUAUAUGGAUUGUAUGCCCAUGAGCAUAACGAGAUCCAUUGGACGACUAUCGCCCCCAGUAUUCCGGAGUGGUUCGACUCAUGCUCAGAUCGUGGCUACCUCACUGUCAAGCAAAAAUGGCAUCCCGACAUGAAGGCUUCGGAGAAACGCUUCCAUCGCGCAUAUUGGCUCGCAGCUAACAUGUUGCCGCUUAACCGCAUAUUGAACAACAGCCUGGCGCCCGAAAAGCCACAAGGCUUACUCGAAGACGACGAAAGCGACAGCUUCGUAGUUACGGAGGAGGACCUACAAUACAAGUGGACUGAAGGAACAGUAACAGUAGAGAAUUCGGAGAAGAUCUGGCAGAAGCUUGUCGAUGAAGUGGAUGCGCUGAGUUUGGAAUCGCUCGAUUUUGAGCAUCUUGCUACUGGUGGAUCUGAAAGGGCCUUUGUAGUUGAUUGAGAUUUCGAGGAGGCACGUCGUCAAUACAAGACGGCUACGGAGUCACAUAAUGAAAAGAAGGGUAUUCGAGAAAGGAAGUGGCCAAAGCUGAAGACACCAUAGCCUCAUUGCAGACAAGAAACAAACUAAAAUAUGAAAACACUUCUGACAUUCUGUUACAAUCUGCGAGCAUUACGAGGCAGGACGUUUUCCAGGCUAUACACGAAGCAC